UUCUAGGAUUCAAAUUCCUAACAGACCUAACUCAGCAACACAGAAACAAAUUAUGAGUUAUAUCAAGGAAUCCUAUGAAAAUGUCUACAAAGAGGAAUCUAUUGACAAGGAGGCAGCCCAGCAGCUUACUAAGAACUUAGCACAGGUCUCUUCCGAGCAGAAUCUUGCCCUAACAAAACCUAUCUCAGCAGAGGAAGUAAGUCAAGUAAUUGACAAACUUUCAAACAAUAAAACAUCAGGACUAGAUGGGCUUACAUAUGAAUUUUUUAAAGACACUAAAGAAAUCAUUGUGCCAAAACUGGCAGAUUU